AUGGAUGGAAAACAGGCUUCCGCGAGGUCCAGCAGCGGUAUCCCUCGCUUAUCGCGUCUGCCUCUUCCCAAGCCCACACCCACGCCCACGCCUGCUACUGUCCGACCUUCUCCUUCGCGAGAGGGCUUGAACUCGGGUCUGAGGAAUCCUCGACUUCGUCCAGCUGCCUCACGUGAGCAGUUGGGUCCAGUCGUCGCCCCCAAGCAGCCCGUAUCAUCCCGUAUAGCUUCGAAACCGCCGACCCGAGAGAUCCAGCCGCCCUCUUCGAGAAAGUCGGAAUUGAGAGUCUCGCCAGCCGCCCUCAGAACCUCCCGCAGCGUAACCAGACUGAAGCAAAAGGAACCUUCAUUCAACAAGCCUCCCACCCCGCCAGAAGAGCCCGAAACGACUGCUCUUUCACGCUCCACCAGCCUCUCGCGCCGAUCGUCAGCACUUCACACCCUGACUCCCGAGUUCGAGCCAGCAGUGCCAGACUUGCCUCCUCUGCCCAGUGCAACGAGCCCACCGCCCGCCACCGAUGAUGCCGCAUCCCACGACCUCCCGGGCUUCGACACCCCCAAGGCCAAGUCCUUGAAACCCCGACCCUCCCUCUCCGAGCGUACGAUAGAAACCCUACAACAGCUACAGUCUUCGCCUACCCUGAGCAAGAAGACGUCGUCCUUUUUCGAUCCCGAAGGCACCAUGCGACCUCGUUCACGCGCCGGCAGUGGCCACUCGAGGCCCGGCUCGAGCUACGCCUCGGACGGCUCCGUCCGCCCGACCUCGCGUGAUAGCAGGCCCGGCUCGUCUUCCGCCGCUGACGAGAACCCCUUUGCCAAUAUCCAACAGGCCGCUACUUCUCCCCGACUCCCGCCGGCCUCGGUUGAACGCACCCCUUCUCGUCGUGUUUCCAGCAUCCGCUCUCUCCGCCCACCCGCCAUAAAAGCUACACCCCAGCCAUCACCAUCGGGGCUCCCGUCUGCCACAGGCAUCCCACUCGCCCAGACUCCUAGCCCGACAAGGACAACCGGCAUCAUGCCACCCCCCAAGACUGGCGCAACGGCGAUCGCUUCCCCUUCUCUCAAAACUCGUGCCUCGGCCACCGGUCUCUACAAGAAGCCAUCUCUGUCAUCAAUGAGCCGAGCAUCCCCGGCGGCAGCAGUUCUUUCGCCUCCUCGCAAGCUGAUGCCCGCCAAGUCGUACGGGUCCCUGAGGAAGCCCACCCCUUCAAAGAUUGGCAGCCCGGCCCCUGCGGCCUCGACUGAAGCCGACGAAGAGUCUGUUGCCAGGAAGUCCUCCAACGCUCUGCGGGAACAAAUCGCCAAGGCGAGGGCAGCCAAGCGCGCCGCAGACCGGCAAGCUGCCGAGGCAGCAUCCGCCCCGGCCCCGGAGCCAACCUCAGAGGCUCCCUCGAAUCAGACGGACCCUCCCAUCGUCCCGGACGACAGUGGGUUCAACUUUGGUAUUGCUGUUACGACCGAUACUUUGGACGCAAAUGACCCUUUCAACACCAGUGACCCCUUCAACACCAAGAGAUCGGAUGUCUCGCAACAAAAGGUCAUUCAACAGAGACUCGCCGCCGCGCGAAACAGUGGACGGCUCAACAUCGCAGCCAUGGGCCUGAAGGAGAUCCCCGCUGAAGUCCUCAAGAUGUACGACAUGGAGUCCAUGGGUACUUACGACGGCUCAUGGGCCGAGACGGUCGACUUGACUAGAUUCGUGGCUGCCGACAACGAGUUGGAGACCAUCGACGAUGCCAUCUUCCCAGACGUCACGGCAGAGGAAAUGGCUCAGGACGAGGACUCGAAUGGCAACAUUUUUGGCGGCCUCGAGGCGAUGGAUUUGCAUGGCAAUGCCUUGAUCUCGCUGCCAAUGGGAUUGAGACAGCUUCCUCUGCUUACAUCCUUGAAUCUGUCCCAAAACCGCCUGGCCAAUAAUUGCCUCCAAGUCAUCACUCAGGUCAAAGCCCUCCGCGAUUUGAAGCUCGCCAACAACCUCCUUUACGGCCCUUUGGAUCCCACCUUUGCAAACUUGGAGAACCUGGAAAUUUUCGACCUCCACGGGAACAAGGUCUCUGCGCUCCCUCCCGUCAUCGAGAACCUGUCGAGGCUGCGUAUUCUCAACCUUGGCGAGAACAGCUUCGAGGCUCUGCCUUUCACAAGCCUUGCCAAACUUCCGCUGACGGAGCUCCUGAUGAAGAAGAACAAGCUGACGGGCACCUUGAUCCAAGAUGGAGUCGAGACCCUGCCGAACCUUCAGAUGCUGGAUAUCUCCUGCAAUCAGUUGACUCGCUUGGUGCCUUCGGGGUCCACCAUCAGCCUCCCCUCGGUUCACCAGCUCGUUCUGUCCAUGAACCGCCUGCAAGAGCUGCCUGACGUCACCUCAUGGACCAGUCUCAUGACCUUGGCCGCUGACGGGAAUGCCAUUCCCGAGUUUCCCAUUGGCUUUACCGGCCUUACGAAGCUCAGACACGCCGACUUCUCUGCUAAUGAUAUUCGUGUCGUCCCACCGGAAAUCAGUAGGAUGGACAACCUGACCCUCAUCCGGCUAGCGGGCAACCCCCUUCGCGACAAGAAGUUUGUCUCUGCCACCACGGAGGAGUUGAAGGACGUGUUGGCCGCCAGGCUCGAGCCACCCGAGCCGUUCCAGGAGGUCGACGCUGUUAUUAUCCCUGACGACGCACCAAGCAACACGCUUGCGGAACCCCACGAAAUUCACCCGGCCGCGAAACCCGCCCCGGCCGAGACUACGGCCCGUGAUAUCGCCCAAUCGGACGAGGACAGCUUUGCCACCCCGCCCUCCUCGUCGCCUACGAGCCCCGCAAGCACGCGAUCGCGGACUUUGGCUAAUGAAACCUGGCCCGUCAAACAGGGCCUUUUGGACCGUUCCAACACCAAGUCUUCGUCCUUGCACCCAGUCAUCUGUUCCAAAGUGGCUGCCGAAAACAAGGUUAUCGAGGUCCAGCUGCACCAUAACCUCUUGACCUGUUUUCCGAACUCGCUGUCCUUCUUCGCCGAUUCUCUUGCCGCUCUCUCGCUCGCCCAUAACCAGCUGGUUGGUGAAUCCUACCUGACGGAGGAACUCGACCUCCCUGUGCUGCGCGAGUUGAAUCUCGUUAGCAAUCACAUCACCAGCCUCUCGCCCUUGACUACUCAUCUGCAUGCCCCCCAGCUUGAGAAGAUGGACGUCUCGCUCAACCGCAUCACGGCCUUGCCGCCCAACCUGCGCGCCGUUUUCCCCCGUCUUGUGGUUUUGCUGGCCGCAAACAACCAUCUGAUCGACCUUGACCCCGUCACCAUCCAGGGCAUGGAGGUUGUCGAUGCCGGCAACAAUGACAUCGCGCACCUGAACCCCAAGCUGGGUCUGCUCGGCGGUAGCGGAGGACUGAAGCGCCUCGAGGUCUCCGGCAACCGGUUUAGAGUCCCGAGGUACAAUGUGCUUGAGCGUGGCACCGAGGCAACUCUACGGUGGCUCAGGGGACGAGUCCCCGUCGCGGAGAUGGCUUCAUGGAAAGAGGGUCAGGGUGAUCCCGACGAUGCGUCAGACACCAGCCUGGCGGACGUCGAUUAA